AUGAGCUGGAAGCUGGGGCCGGACUCGCCCCCCGUCUACGCCCUGGAGGGGGCGGUGGCGGUCGCCGGCCGGGGCGUGCAGUGGCUGCGGGACCAGCUGAAGAUCAUCGACGCUGCGCCAGAGGUCGGCGACCUGGCGGCGUCCGUGCCGGACUCGGGCGGCGUCACCUUCGUGCCGGGCUUCUCGGGCCUCCUCGCGCCGUGGUGGCGCUCCGACGCCCGCGGCGCGCUGGUCGGGAUGACCUUGCAGACGAGCCGGGGGCACAUCGCGAGGGCCAUGCUGGAGGGCGUGGCUUUCCAGACCGUCGACGUGAUGCGAGCAAUGGAGCAGGACAUCGGCCACCCCAUCAAGGCCGUGAAGACCGACGGCGGCCUCACCCAGUGCGAUUUGAUGAUGCAGAUCCAAGCCGACGUCAUGGGAUCCCCGGUGCUCCGGGCGAAGAUGCCCGAGGCCACGGCGUUGGGGGCAGCUUUUGCCGCCGGGCUGCAUGUGGGCUUCUACAGCGGCGCGGAGGAGAUCCACGAGAUCCUAAAGUGGCACGGCGGCUACACCCAGUUCAAGCCCGUGACCGCCGCCGCCGAGCGCGAGGCGGCGGUGCGCCGGUGGCACGACGCGAUCAGCAGGAGCCUCAUGGACAGCGCCCCGCCUCCGCUCGCGGCGCCCGGCGCGUAG